AUGAAAGCAGAAGGCGACAAAACGUCGAUUGAAAUUCCCACGAGACGAGCCCGUUCUCCAACCUCGGUGGAUGGACCUCAGUCAUCACGAGAAAACCCCCAAUUGACGACGCAACUCGCUCGCGCACCCAGUCAACACCCUCUCAAGAUGCAGGCCAUCCGACAUCGAGGCGCCUGCAUCGCACGCCAGGCCCGCCGAUCCGCUCCCCGCCCCGCGCGCCGCCACGCCUCCAGCCAUGACCACCACCACGCCGAACCUGUCAACGAGUCCUUCGGGCCCGGCUUCUGGGCAACCAUCGCCGCGAUGCCCGCAUGCUACGUAGUCUACCAGGCCUCGCAGCCCGGAAAAGACGGCGAGGCGCCCUGGCUGACCCGCAAGAUCCACGAGUACCGGCACUGGCAGGAGACAUGGGAGGAGCGCAACGCUCUCCACACCAAGGCCGUCGAGCAGGCCGGCUUCGACCGCACCCUCUUCCUCCACGCCCCCGCGAACCGCGACAUUGACCUCCGCUACCCCGAGGCCGUUCAGAGCUCCGCCGCCCGUAACAUCCCCGCCGGCUCGCAGGCCAACCUCGACCACCUGGUAGCGCACUACAGGAACUUGCACCUGGCAGAGGAGGAACGCAAGGCCAAGAAGCUGGCCGCACAAAUGGAAUAG